CAUGACGGUAGAAGAACUCAGCAUAAAUAUCACGAGUCAGCCGGAUGUCCGAGACCUUUUGUCAAUCAUCAAGAGAUACAAGCUCUCCUCCCGUGUGAUAAUCGGAUGGAAGAAUCCGGAUGGUAUGGACUUUCGUGAGGGACACGAUCUAUGCAAGAUAUCCUCGGCUUCCUUCAAUCUUGAUUAUCGCUACCCUUGCGACAGCACGCUGCUACUGGACACUCUCGUAAUCGACCGGAAAAUCAACGCCCUUACCCUGACGUGCACAGCUGGAACGACCAACUUUGUGGUCAAGUAGGAUGAUCGACACUCUUGGCCGGAUCAAGUACCUCAGGCACCUGCAUCUCAACGCCGUCCUACAGGAGCCCGCGACACUGGGGGUGUUUCGUGCUCUGCAAGUAAACAGCAGCAUUGAAACGCUCUUUCUCAACCUCAUCACCUUCGAGAGGAGGGUCGUCAGAGCGCUGGGCCGACUGGUUCUGCACAACAAAACGAUCAACUUGCUCUCCAUAGACCUCGACAAAAGCCGUGGAGAUAAAUGGAGCCAGCUGCGAGCAAUCUGCCGAGAGCUCAAGCAGACCGUUCCGCAAAACCGCUAUCUCAUAUCGGUCAGCGUGGUUCUGCAGGGAGACAACCGCGCUAGUGACUUUCAGAUCAAAGAGACUCUUAGGCACAACUUUGCGCUCGUCCACCAGGCAAUCCAGUUCGUCAACGGCUCCAUGAACAAGUCGGAAGGGCUGGCCUUUGAGACGCUUCGCAGAUCAUACUCCGUGAGGCAGGUGAUGCAGGACGAGUUCGGCGUAGCCGAGAGCCGAUGCAUGGGUGAAGAUCGGCGAAGCUAGAGACCGCCUGAACAAAAACUACUUCAUCUUGACAAAGGUGGUACAGCGUGGCAUCGCUUGCAGCAGUGGUGAAUACACGAUUGCCAGCCUGAACGAAAAUCUCCUGGCCCGCCUUUGCAGCUAUCUAAGCCUCAGCGAUGUAAUAGAUACGGACACCUGACAGCCUAUUGUUUUGCAACGAUUUUUUGUUUGCCAGGUUUAAGAGAUACUUGUGCGUAGUUUCAACUACAGUUACGUUGUUUAUUUAUGCCUAACUUACAAAAAAGAAGAGCCCGUACCUUCUUACCUAAUAUUCAAGCACAGAAGCGAAUACGUUUUGGGACCCUCAUGCUAGCAAGCUUUUCACCUAUUCACGCUCCCCCAAGCAUCACACGGUCUCGAUUAUUUUGUAAUUGCCUUAACGCGAUCACUUGAAAUCCAUUCGUCUCAAGUGACCUGUAGGUGAACCUUGCUGAGACUUAUCAGUUCGCAAUAUGCAGCAGUUCAUCUUAUGGACUCUGCAGUGCUGCUCUUAAAGCAAAGCAUAUUAUAAGAACUUACGCCUUUUUGGCAAAGCGUCUUCGCAUCUACUGUUUAUAAGGAGUACUUUGUGCAUAGCUCUCACUGUAAAUGCAGGACUCAUUUCCUAUUCAUUGGAUCCUUUUUUUUUCUUCCGUUAAAGCUCAAUAUUUCAAGUGUUUCAUUUAGGAGUAGCCAAUAACUCAAACAUACUUCUUCUAAACAUCACCUCUGAUUUAAGCGCUGCCUCUAUUUGUCCUCAUGAUGUAGCGGUUGCGGAUAUCUUGUCCGGACAUGUUUUAUAAUAUCGUUCAGAAUUUCGCACUUUCAUAUUUCUCUCGUGGCUGUGAAAUAUUCCACGACAAAAGUGCUUCUUGUAUAGUUUUUUUCUUUAGUGUUCUACGAUGAGUAAUAAACAUAUAUUUUUCUGCAUUUUUA